AAUCUGGGCGUCAGUCGUUGUUCUGUGUUCAACGCAAGCUUGGCCUUCGAAGACUUCACACUGUUUCUUGUUUAAUAUUGGUUUUGGUCGAGUAGUUCCCAACAAACAAAAUGGAGCAGAUCAAGAAAAAGAUGGCUUGUCUUCGCGAAACUCUCGCUGAGGCAGAAGCCAAGGCGGAUAAGGCAGAAUGCGAAUUGAGAGAGGCGAAUGAUCGAAGCGCUAAAACUGAAGAGGAGGUAUCUUGUUUGACAAAAGAGUUGCAACAAAUUGAAGAUGAACUGGAUGCUGCAGAAUCUCGCUUGAGCACAAUAACAGAACAGCUGAAACAAGCUGAGGCACAAGCAGAUGAGAGUGAAAGAGUGAGGAAGGUUUUGGAAAACAGGGGUUUGGCUGAUGAAGAGAGGUCUUCCCAGUUUGAGGCCAAAUUGGCUGAGGAACGAGAUAGAGCGGAAAGAGCUGAGAGAGAGUAUGAAGAGAUUGCUGCAAAGAUUGCUAACCUGGAAAAUGAAUUAGAAGAAACCGAGUCUAGAGCUGAGGAGGCAGAAGAGAGUGUUAAGAACUUGGAGGAAGAGGUCACCUUGGUUGGAAAUAAUCUGCGAAGUUUAGAAGUCAGUGAAGGAGAGGCUUCCAAACGAGAAAUAGAUUAUGAUGACAAGAUCAAAAGGCUUGAAGCAGAGUACACUGAGGCUGAAGAUAGAGCAAAUCAAGCUGAGGCAAAGGUAGUAGAACUGGAGAAAGAGAUUGAUAACUUGGAUGCUGAACUGGAACAGUCCAAGAAUGAAUAUGCCAAAGUGAAAGAGGAACUGGAUGCAACAAUGCAGGAGUUGAGUGAAAUGUAAAAACGAAAAAAAAACAGUUCACAAGGAACCAUCAGGAACAAUUUUCCUCUUGUGUCAUGUAAACUUGUAUGAAUUAGGAGUUUUGGGUUAACAAGACGAGUUUUUCAGUUGAAUAACUUCUUUUUUUAAUUUAAUUAGGUAUUUAGGAAAAUUGAAUUACAUGUAACAUCUAUGUCAAGGCUGUGCUCUAAAGAAAAUUGAAUGGAGCCCAGUGCUCUGAAACUGUGAAAUCCAGGGUGCCCAGCCUAUGCUUUGGAUGAAAAAACUAAAAUUUCACAAGCAAAAGUAAGGGGCCACUUGGCGAUACUAGACCACAGCCUUGCAUGUAGAAAAAAAAACAUCUGAUUAACAUAGUCUGUUAAUACAUUAAUUCUUUAUCUUUGUUUUUAUUGCUACUGGGGCGAUCACUUUCAAUAAACACCUGUUUUAGAAGUG